AUGAGACGCAGGCAAGAACAGCCUGUUCAGGACUUCACGUGGCUUCAAAUCAGAGAGAUUCCCGGCAUUGGUGGAAGGGGAGUUUUCGCCAAAGUCCAGAUACCGAAGGACGCUGUUGUUUGUGACUACCGCGGGCUCGUGUUGGAAGAGAAGGAGGCGAACGCCUUGAUGGAUCGUAUGGGGAAGGAGGAACGCGAACAUGUGGAAGCGUAUUUGGUCCAAUACACAGGUCGCGUGGCAGGGCAUCAUUUCCGUCAUGUGAUCUUUGGCCACCAUCCAACCUACAAAGGUACGGUUGUGAUCGGACGGCUGGUGAACCACACCCGUUUGCAUCCGAACCUCACGCUUCGAGAUCUGACGACGAUGGUGGGCGGAAAGGUACAGUCGAUGAUCUACUUCAAGGCGAUGCGAGACAUUCGGGCCGGCGAACAACUGCUCUGGAACUACGGAAAAGAGUACAAUGUAGGACGGUUGAGAGCGAGCUGUAUCUGCAAUGACUGCGAUCCAGCACUAGUGCAAGAGUCAUCCGCCGAGCUCCGACCAGCCAUCGACAACGCCCGAGCAAUCCCCGUAGUCGAGUCCCAACAGCCGAGCAGAGAUGUCUCAUUGUCGCAGCGGAUGCCACCAGCGCCCGGCACAGUUGCUCGUCGUGCACCGCUUGGCGUCAGCGAAUUGCUGCUGUCGGCCGCGCACAAGGCGAAAGCGACUGGGUUCGUCGUUGACGAAGUGGGAACGGACGCCUUUUCGGCAUACGAACACAGUCGGCGAGUGGUAUGUGGACCGUCGGAUGAAGUUCGUUUCACUAUCGAUAUUCCGCUCGAAGUUGCUGCCACGAACCUCAGUCGUGUGUUCGCAGCCGCACGCAAGGACGCAUAUCAGCGCUACAACUCAGCGAUCGUCGAAGAGCAGAAAGAGUCUACAGCCGAGCCAGCAAUAGACGAAGAGUUCGUGGCCGGCACAGUGUUGCGGUUUCCGGCGGAAAGCGAUUGGCCACCUGAAUUGGAGGCGGUGCUGCAGACGGGAGGAAAGUUGCAGGAUUUGCUGGACGUGCUGCAGAAGUAUAAGAGUCGCUAG